AUGGAGAAACGUUCCUCGGGCCUCUUGCCCCCGCGCCUCCAAGGGGAACCGCGCAGCAGCAGAGAGGGCCGCGGAGCGCCACGCAGCCUGGCUCGCCUCCACCCCGGGGCGCCUCCGGAGGCGCCCGCCCCCGCCAGCGGCCCCUCCGCAACGGGGCCCCCGCGAAGGAAGCCGCACGCUGAGGGGGCCCCAAGCGCCCGGCCCCGGGCCACGCAGGCGCCCCAGGAGCCCGGCCUUGCAGAGCCGCGCGCGGGGGGCAGGCCAGGCCAGGGGGCCGCCGCGCCGCAGGGUGGCCCGCGCUCCGGGUUCCCCGGCCAGGGCCCGGCGGAGGAGCCCCCCCUUGGGCAGGCGGGGGACGGCUGGCUCUGCCUCCCCUCGGCUCCGCGGCUGCCUCCUCCGCCGGGGCCCGGGGACCUCGCCCUCGCCCGGUGGGGCCUCCUGCCCCGGGGAGUCCUGGUGGUGUCGGCGACGCUCGGCCGCGGGGCCCAGCCGGGGCCUCGCCUGCCGCCCAACGUCUGCAUCCUAGCCCUGGCGAUGAUGAUCGCCGGCAUCCCGACCGUGCCGGUGCCGGGGGUGUGCGAGGAGGACAUGGUCUGCGCCGCCCGCUGCUUCGUGGCUGGGGGGCUGGCGCCCACCGACGCACAGGGGGAGGCGGCCCAGCGGAGGAGGUGGCCUGCCUGCAAGAGGGACAAGCCACGGAAGCGGGCGGCCAGCAGGCACUUCCUGCCCCUGUUCCUGGCUCAGCUGAAGAAGUGA